UCUCCACCACCAAGCUUACCGUCACCUCGUGCUCCUCUCCAUCUCUCGACAUCCAUCUCGACUCUCGACAAGUGACCCCGUGUUCUCAAUCCCCUUUCCCAGCAGUUUGAUCUGCCCACGUCUUUGGCUUCGUACUAUUACUCCAUCUUCGGCCUACCAGAAACUCUCAAUUUCUAUUUUAUUUUUGGUCUCGCCGGAUGACAUCCAGACUGCCGCCUGCCAUGAACCCUUGGGAAGUCCAGGCUCUCAAUUAUGAGUUCCCUGAACAAGGUGCCAUCAACCCCGAUGGCUCUGCUGUCACCACCGCAACUACCUGGCGCCGCGUUCAAGACCCCGUCAUCUACCCAGGCAUUUAUGCUCCUAGCGGAUUUGACAUCAUGGAUAUUUUCUUCCGAAUCGCAUCCCGUCCCAACCCCAAGAUCUCCCUGGGUGCUGUGGACAGCUCCGUUUCCCUCAUCCUCUGCGACCUCCUACAGCCCGACACGCCAAUCCUCUACGUCACUGAGGCCUUCUCACUGUUGACCGGCUACUCCUCCAACGAGGCCAUCGGCCGAAACUGCCGCUUCCUUCAGACCCCUCCAGGAAAGGACCGACGUUCCAGCUCCAAGUCUGGCUCCAAGUCUGGCUCCAAGUCUGCCGACAAGUCUGCCGACAAGUCCUCUAUCCGCCGCAUGCGUCAUGCCAUCCGUGACUCUGAUGAGAUUCAACUUUGCGUUACCAACUACCGCAAGAAUGGGCAGCGCUUCACUAAUAUGGUUACCAUCAUCCCUGUCCCCUACGCCGAAGGCCCCCGCUAUUCCAUUGGCUUUCAGUCCGAAGUUAAAUAGGAGGUAUGCCAGCGGCGAACGGUGAGCGGCAAGGGGCGAUCAGUGAUUUCACCAUCUUGGGCGAUCAGGAGGCUUCCCCCUCAAACUCCAUCUAUCUCGACGAUCCCGGAAACGAUACAAAUUUCAGGGACACACUUCCAUAAGCGACGUCAUCAUUUCUUACAUGUCUUGUCAGCAACGAAUAUGGCAAACAGCCGACAUUACGACUUCUCUGGUUUCUAGGGACCAAUAAUCUCCAGCAUACACGAAUACUUACGAUACACCGAACUACACUUGCUUCACUGUCACGACUGAAUUAUGUAAAAAGAAAAUAGCACUGUUAGGUGUUUGGGGCUGCAAUUUGGACACGGUUCUCUUUUUCUUGCUACUUGUCUUGGGGUUUUAUGG